AUGCCAUUUGAUUGGAAAAACCAAAGAGAAUCUGCUUUCCAAGAGUUGAAGACCAGAUUAGUGACUACACCAAUUCUAACUCUGCCUAAUGGUACAAAUGGAUUCCAGAUGUAUAGUGAUGCUUCAUACAAGGGUUUGGGGUGUGUGCUUAUGCAAAAUGGAAAAGUGAUUGCCUAUGUUUCUCACCAACUUCGAUCUCGUGAAAAGAACUACCCAACUCAUAACCUUGAACUAGCCGUUGUGGCAAAUACUAUUGUAGAUGCAUUGAGUAGGAAGUCAAUUGGGAAUUUGUCAUCUGCUAUAUCUGCCCAGUCUACAAUUAUCGAAGAAAUUAGAGAGAAACAAUUGCAAGAUGAGUUCUUGAAAAUGAUUGUUAAUGAUAUUGACACAAAACCAAGACCAGGGUUCGUAAUUGAGAAGAAUGUAUUGAUGUUUCAUAAUAGGCUUUGUGUACCAGAUUGUUCAGAAUUAAGAAAGCGUGUUAUGACCAAGGCUUAUAGUUUAAAAUUUGCCAUGCAUCUUGGAAAUGCAAAAAUGUACAAAGAUUUGAAACAGAACUUUUGGUGGCUUGGAAUGAAGAGAUGUAUUGCUGAUUUCAUGGCUAGAUGUUUGCAUUGCCAGCAAGUAAAGGCUGAACAUCAAUGA